ACAAGCUGACACUGGCUCUGCGAACGUCCUUUGUGCUGGAUUGCGUCGGGUGAAACCACCCAGCGGCUUUUUGGAAACGACCAAGAGAGCACAUUUUACAUUAGUUUUGCUUUCUCUUGGAAUCAUUGUGACUUAUGAGUUGUUAAUAUAUCUUUUGUUGAACACACGAGGCGUUCAAGACUGUCACAGACCAAGGCGAGGGAUGUAGCUGUUUUGCUGACUCAUUUUUUUUGAACCCCUCCUGCCCCCCACAGUAUAAAAGGUGUGAACCAAGGUGGGCUUACAAGAAGACAAAAUGUUCUUGAGUGCCUUUCUGUCUACCGCGGCCCUUCUCGUGCUCACGCCAAGUGAUGCCGCAAAGAUUAUCGGUGGGAAAGAAGUGAGGCCCCAUUCGUUGCCUUACAUGGCUCUGCUGGAGAGCAACACACCGGCUUGUGGGGGUGUUUUAGUCCAUCCACAAUGGGUUCUCACUGCAGCCCACUGUGAAAAUAUAAAAAGGGUGGUGCUUGGUGUUCACUCCAUUCUUAAAAAGGAGAGCGCUUCUUGCCAGAAACGAAAGGUAGAAAAAAAGAUUCCUCAUCCCCGCUUUGAGUCUGCGAAAAAGGGCAAUGAUGUGAUGUUGCUCAAGCUGGACAAACCCGUGAAGCAGACCAAGACGGUGAAGCUUUUGAAGCUGCCUAAGAAGGGCACAGACCCGGCGGCGGGAAGCAGCUGUAUGGUGGCCGGAUGGGGCAAAACGAGCAAAUCCGACAAGAACAUGUCCGAUGUCCUCAUGUCUGUCAACGUGAAUGUGAUGGACAGAAAGCUGUGCAACUCUGCCAAGCAUUACAACCGAAAUCCAGUCAUCACUGAGGGCAUGAUAUGUGCCGGUUCUGGUGGUAAAAAGGUGUCAGACACCUGCCAGGGCGACUCGGGCGGUCCGCUGGUCUGCAACAGAAAUCUUGUGGGAAUUACUUCAUUUGGACCAAAGCCGUGUGGUGAGAAAAAUCCCGGAGUGUACUCGUUUCUCUCAACGGAGCAACUCAAGUGGAUCACAAAAACCAUCAGAGGACGUGAAAUAUAAUUGUCUCUUCAGUCUGCAUUUGUGACAAUUUCAAUAAAGUUGGGAAAAAAAUA